UGCACGUUAGAGUCUGGCUUGCACACAGCGAGUCUGCUGCGGGGCGGUGGUCCUGUGUCCCGGCGAAGACUGGAGCGACUGAGCUGCCCCCCCUCCACCCUCCCCGGCCUCUGAAGGUGAAGUCAUUUUCCCCAGGCUGGUUUAUCUUUGUACAGGUCUGCCCUGAUCAGCUGUAUAAACAACGUGAUAGAACAUUAUUCGUGGGACUGUCCUAAUAUCGGGUAGAUGCAGAUACAAUGUCUGACAGCUCUGAAACACCACAGAAGAAAUUGAAGAUGGACCAUAAGGUGUUUAAUGAUCCCAUCCACGGGACGGUGGAGUUACACCCACUUCUCAUCAAAAUCAUCGACACACCUCAGUUCCAGAGACUGAGAAACAUCAAGCAGCUUGGAGGGGUCUACUUUGUUUACCCUGGAGCAUCCCACAACCGCUUUGAACACUCCAUUGGGGUGGCACACUUGGCAGGUCAACUUGUUGAAGCUCUGCGUACAAGGCAGCCGGAACUCGACAUUGAUGACAGAGACGUCCUUUGUGUGAAGAUUGCUGGUCUCUGCCAUGACCUGGGACAUGGACCCUUUUCCCAUCUGUAUGAUAACAUGUUCAUACCCAAAGUACCAUAUCCUCCAGGUCCACUAGGUGAUAAAAUGGCAAAGUGGAAGCAUGAAGAAGCCUCUGUAGAGAUGCUUGACCAUCUGGGGAAAUCUAAUAAUCUGGAGCUGGGGGCCUAUGGUCUUUGUCUGCCCGAGGACAUGGAUUUCAUCAAAGAGAUGAUUGACGGACCAAAAGACCCUAAUGGAAGAAUGAAGGACCCUAAUGCAGUCCAGUGGCCAUAUAAUGGUCGACCAAAGGAAAAAUCCUUCCUCUAUGAAAUCGUGGCCAACAAAAGCAACGGCAUUGAUGUGGACAAGUUUGACUACUUUGCCAGGGACUGCUACCACCUGGGCAUGAAGAACAACUUUGACCAUCUCCGCUUCAUACAGUUUGCCAGAGUGAUUAAAGUGGAAAAAGACGGGCUGAAUCACAUCUGCAGUAGAGACAAGGAGGUGGGCAAUCUGUAUGACAUGUUCUACACCAGGAACUGUCUCCACAGAAGAGCCUACCAGCACAGAGUGAACAAGAUCAUAGAGUAUAUGAUCGCAGAGGCCUUUGUAAAAGCAGACGAGCUUAUCAAGAUUAAAGGCUCAGGAGGGAAAGAGUUCACUCUCUCUACAGCCAUAGAUGACAUGGAGGCCUACACCAAGCUGACAGAUCAUGUGUUUGAACAAAUACUCGAGCUGGAUGAGGCAAAAGUCCCCAACUCUUCCUCCGUGGAGCAGGAUGAGGCAAAGAAGCUGGCUGAGGCAAAGGAGAUUCUAAAAAGGAUCAUCUCUCGAGAUCACUACAGGUUUCUGGGUGAAACCAAGCCUAGACAAGUCCCAACCAGGGAGAAGAUUCGUGGUUUGAAAGAGGAAUUGGAUCAAGCCAGACAGGAUGUCUGUCCUGAAGAUCAUAAUUGUGAUCCAAUACUCAACCCUUGCUCUAAAGACACGGCUAAAGCAUGUCAGAAUCUAUAUGAUGCCAUCUCUCAAACCCUCAACAACUUCCAAGAGUCGGGGAAACCCACAGAGGAGAGGAAACGUCGUUGGAAAGAGGAAUUGGCUGCAGCCGUCCCUGAGGGAGGCGAUGGGGGUGUCACGCUGACAUCAGAGGACUUUGUAGUUUUAGUCACUACUUUUGACUAUGGAAUGAAUCACAAGGACCCCAUCAAUAAUGUGUAUUUCUACAGCAAGAUAAACCCUGACACAGCAUUCAACAUCACCAAAGACCAGAAGUCCAAGCUUCUCCCAGAAUGCUUUUCUGAGCAGCUGAUCGGGGUUUACAGUAAGAAGAAGAAGACUGAUGGGCCGACUGUGGAGGCUGCCAGGAAGCACUUCAUCAAGUGGUGUAAAGAUAAGGACUUGCCAAAACCUCAGUAUGGAGAAAUUGCAGCACCGUAAAUCAUCCCUGGGGGAAAUAUCCACAACAAUCCACCAGAUGUUUUGGAAAAAAGUAUGAGCACAGUGUAGUACCAAGAUACAUUACUGCAUGUUUGGGUCAUAUACUCAGUUUCUUUAGAGACCUGUUCAACAUUGAACACAUAUCUUUGUUUUAGUUUGAUCAUUAAACACACUUUAAAUGUCUUGGUCUAAACUGAAGCAUAUUUUAGAUAAUUGUUUUUUAUCAGUCACAUUUAGGCUUCUCUGUGUAUUCAGUGUGUAUUCCUUAUAAUCAGGGCAUGCUUUAAAGCACUACCCACAUGGAAUGGAGUUAAAGUGAAUAUUUAAAUUGUGGUUUAUGGAUUUUAAAUAUUAUGAAGGUGUUUGGUUUUUAUGUUAAUCUGUGUGAAUUAAUGUGAUAAUCUGAUUAUAUAUUCACUUUGUAUUGCAUCUAUCAAAUGAAAUAAGAAUUAUGAUUACUAUUACCAUUAUGGUAACAGUAUACUCAAGCCAGGGGUGUCAAACUCAUUUUAGCUCAUGGGCCACAUCCCCCUAAUGUGAUCUCAAGUGGGCCGGACCAGUAAACCACUCCAGAAAGAUCAGAGACUGUAUCUGCCACAGAGUUUCUGGUCAGCUUGAUGUUGGCAAACGCAAGUUGCUUCUGCUACGAGGGCGUUUUAAGGCAAUUGUAGGAAAAAAAUAAUGUUACAGAGGGGUAAUAUUCAGAGAAAAAAGAUUAAAGUUGUACAUUUACAGAAAAAUAACUGAUAUUCUCUGAGAUUAAAGUGGUGAAUUUGGAAUUGGAAUUAAUUACUUCUCUGCAAUUUUCACACUGGCCCUGGGGCCUGGUUGGACCCUUGGGCGAGCCAGUUCUGGCCCACGGGCCGUAUGUUUGACACCCCUGCUCUAGCCUAUAUCACUGUUUCUCACUGUACUCGUACUAUAUAGCUCAACUUGCUUUGUUCAAUGUAACAUUCAGAGUGUGAUUAAGAUAAACUCUUAAUAUUGUUGUGUUUUGCUCAUAGAGUAUUAGAUUAUUAAUACAGUAUAUAUUUGGGGCUGUAAAGGGAAACCUACCAAAGGGAUUAGAACCUUUCAACUGUAUCCCUAAUGAGACCGGUUGAUGACAGAUUGUGCCUGCUCUAUUUGAAAUAAAACUCUUGUUUGUC